AGAGUUGGACGUCUUGAUCAUAGUCAAGUGACCAAGUUAAAUCUCGAUGUUGCGUUGGGUCAAGUUUCACUUGAACUCGUCAAAGGCGAUAAGACUCUAAUUAAAGGGAAUUUGUCAAAUUUGAUGACAAAGGUUAAGAUGACACAAAACAAAGUUUUUAUUGACGCUGAAAUUGGGAAUUUGGGUAUUAUGGAUCUUCAGAAGAUUCAAUCUCCGCAGAAAGUUUUGUUCUUUUCAAAGACCCAGCAAAGAGCUGUUGCAAUAAAAGUUGAAGUCCCACUCCAGCUGCCUACCAUAGCUACGACGGCACCAGUAGCUAACAUCAGAGCUGAAAUCGCUCAAGUUCAACUUUACGUAUUCCCAUCUCUUAUUAAGAGGCUGUUGGAUUUUGCUUUAAGCAUCGAUAUUAAUCCUCAGUUAGUGAAAUCGGCUACUAAAGUGGCUCAAGAUGGCGUACUGGCAGCUAACGAAAUUGCUCGGGAAGAAUUCGUUCAACUCCACCUCAUCCUGAACGCUCCCAACAUUAUUGUCUCCGUUGAUGGGAGGAGUGGCCUCAUGAUUAAUCUUGGAGAAUUUGAACUUAAAAAUAAUUUGGUUGAGGGAGAGGGAGGAGAAGAAGGAGGAGCUUGUGCUAUUGAUACUUUUGGAAUGACACUUAAGAAUUUUAAGCUCUCACGUGUGCUGGUUGAUCGGAAUACAUUGGGAGUGGUGGCUGAGAGGAUUCUGGUCCAACCUUAUUCUCUGAUCAUUAGUUUAGAGAGAAACCUGACCCCAUGGAACACGCAGGCACCUGGUAUCGGAGUAUCCUUUCAUCUUGGGACCUUUAAUGUGGUACUUGGUCAGGAUGAUAUUGAAUCAGUGAUAAGGUUGGGUAUUUCAAUGGCGGAAUCGAUAGUUCCUGUCAUCAAAAAGAAAGUUAGCGGACAGUUUGCUGGUGCAGUUGUGGAAGUCCUCACAGAACCAGAACCUGAAGCAUCCCCUCCUCCAGUCCAAUGUGAGGAGGAGCCAGUGGAGAAGUACAGAGCUGCUACCGUUAAUGUAUCCCUGGCUCAGUUCCAGCUGGCUCUCUAUAAAAAUGAGCCAAAACAAGAGGAUUCUUCAUUGAGUCCGUUAAACAAAGGACUGGCAUCAUUUGAGCUGAUAGGGGCGGAGUUAUGUACCAGUAUCUAUAGCAACAAUGAUAUCGAUGUAAAUGCUGCAGUUAAGGACCUAGCGUUGAUUGAUAUGCAAGAAGAGAAUCAGCAAAAAAAUACUGGUAAUCGUGUUAUUCAACAUUAUACCAGUAACCCACUGAAUGCGUAUACUGGAAAGAUUGAUCGUCAUAUAUUAAAGGUGCAGUAUCUCUCCAUUAACAAAGAACACUCAGUUUUGCUCUCUCUACACGAAAUCCUGGCAUUGAGCGAUAUCAAUUUUGUAAAGACGAUCAGCGAUUAUUUCAAAUCAAUAUCAGAACAGAUUGCUCCUCCUAAUCUUGAAGAGCUUCCUGAUUCUCCCCGAGCCAUAGCUAAAGAUCCAGAACCAGUUCUUGAAAAAGAGAAAUCCUUGGAAAGUACAAAGACUAGCGCUAGUGAUGGGGUUUUGGCUAAAUUACAGACUCUGCCUCCGCUAAAAGUCACAGCUAAGUUAGAGAACCUUCGUGUUGCUAUUAUUGAAAAUGUGGACACACCAAAUCCACAGGCACUAGUUCUGAAGGUUUCUUCCUUCAUUCAGUUAAAAGUUAGUUCAGAGAGCAACAUGAAACAGGCGACAUUCAACAUUGCUGAUUUUGGUGUCACCACCUGUUCUUUUUAUGAUCUUGAAACAGCGACAUCAGUAGUUCUUCUCCCUAUGAGUAUCUCCAUUUCAAUGUAUGGUCCAUUGGAUAACAUACUAUCAAUGGAUGUUACUGGAUCCAUUCAAAACAUUUCACUGAAACUCUCUCCACCGAUUGUUAGACUCAUAAUACACGCAGUGAAAACACUCACUGCCGUUACUGAUAAACCAGUGGUACCCCCAGCACCAACUGAUCUGUGGGAGAAGAAACCUGUACCAUAUAACAAACUGUGGUACGUCUUUGAUGUUCCUCUUCAUUCUGAGUCUAGUUCAAGCCUUGCACCUGUUUCCCCUGACAGCGAUUGUCCAACUCAAACUUUGACGCUGACAUUGGAAGGUUUUGAAUUAAUGUUGGAAACUGAGGGGACCGAUUUAGCUCCAGGGGUUCCGGUGUUGUCUUUAAAUGCAAAAGCCAUUGUCCAAGUAUUUGACUGGAAUUAUCAGAUGCGUGUAACUGGUGACGCUAAUGUUGAGGCCUCAUAUUUCAAUCAGUCGGUAUCAGUUUGGGAGCCAUUACUGGAGCCAUUGGAGCUUAGUGAUAAAAGACUACAAGCAUGGAGGAUUAAUCUAGAGGUCACUCGGUCAUUUGUCUCUCCUACUUUAUCUCCAUCCUCCAGUCUCGGAUCUCUCUCCAGUGAUGGCCCUCCUCCUGUCCUUGAACCAAAGUUCCUCAUAGAACUAAAAGCCACUGAUCCACUCCAGAUCACCAUCACUCGGACUUCUAUCCAACUCAUUAAAGAUUUGGCUGAGGCUUAUUCAAAAGAGUAUGGUAAGAAAGUUGAGGGUAAUGUUAAUGUACAAUCACUAACUGGUGCUCCAUUCACUAUCACUAAUAAGCUUGGUCCUAAGUAUAAUGAGCUAGUAAUAACACCAGGAGAAUCACUCAAAUUUCCAAAGCCAGCUGAGAGUGUUCAAGUUCAAUACAAUGAAUUUGUUGAUUUGAUUUUCAGGAGAGACUUGGGCCACAUUUCUUAUGCUUCUCUUGUGACGCCAGCUGUUAAAGAGACCGCAAAUGUUGAUAUUGUUGUUGAUUCUUCAUUCCUUCCUCUUCAAUCUGUACCCAUUGAUGUGCCUGGGGCCUAUUACUAUCAACUGGUGGCAGCUGAACAAUCAACAUUAAGUCCUAAUGCCAGUGUGGUUGUUGAUGUCACUGUCAAUGGAGCAAAGAAUAACAUUAACAUAAGAUCUUCUGUACAAGUUCACAAUCAUUUGUUGAUGCCUAUUGAGUUACUCUCGGCUCCGAUAAAAGGAGAAUCGAAAUUAAUUCAAACUCUUGAACCUGGCGAGCUCUAUCCUCUACCUUUAUCAGUGCUCCUCCUUGGAAUAUGUAUUAGACCAACUUUAGAGGGUCAUGGAGGCAGCAAACCUUACUUAGAUUGGCAGUCAAUAAAAGGUCAAAAACAAAUUGACCUUUCCUGCUCCACCCCUUCGCAACCAUUCAACCUACGGGUGAUAGUGGAAGAGGAGCGUUUCAAAGGUCAGAGAGGGCUAAAGGAGGGGGUUUAUCCUCAUCACCUGUUUCACGUUUAUCCUCUUGUCGUCCUUCAAAAUUUGCUCCCGAGUGUCGUUAGCAUAGAAACAGAGGAUGGAAAGUUUGAGCCUUUUACUCUAAACCCUGGACAGACACACGAGCUGUAUUACCUCGACACUGGAAAACCACCUAAACUAGUCGUUACAUUGCCUAAGGAAGACAUGAUUGGUACAUUUCCAUUGCCGUACCCGUUUCCUAGUGAAAUUGAUUUCCUCAUUGGGAGAGACAGAUCACCAAUAACUAUGUAUUUAUUGCAUGAGGACCAUGGCUACCACAGGCUGAGCUUGUACUGCCCCUACUGGAUGAUUAAUAAAACUGGACUGACACUUGAAUACAAGGACGACAAGUCUGGUAAAAUAUUUAAGCAUCAGCCUGGAGACGAUUUCAUUAUGUUGUCCUGUGAAGAUAAGAAACACUGCAAGAUCAAUCUCUCCUCAUAUACAACCAGAGGCAGCAAAACCGACUGGUCCAGUUCCAUUUCAUUGCAAGCAGUUGGAACCAGCGGACGCUACCACUCCAGACUACCUAAUACUAGCAUUGUCAAUCAUUUUGGAGUAGCUGUUCAGCUCUCAAAAUUUACUCUCUCAAAACUAGUCAUAGUCACGCCUUAUUACCUUCUCUCAAACCACACCCAAACUGAUGUUACUAUUCACGAAGAAAGAGGCUCCGGAGAAGGGACUCUCGUUCCGAAGGGACAGGUGGUUCCCUUUUGGCCGCUGGUGGAUUCAUCUCGUCUUUACGUGACGGUCGGAAAGGAUUGUCGGAGCGUUUUAUUUAAUUACAAGAAAACUGAUUCAAUUGUACUAAAACUGACAAAUAAACCCACUGUUCUUAUUGUCGACGUUCAGGAAACCGAGAGUUCUAAUAUUAUAAGUUUUUCGUCAUAUUAUGAAACUUGUACUCCAGUUCAGUUUAUUAACUUGCUGACUGAUGCAACAGUAGUGUUUAAACAAGAUAUCAAGAGUUCUUCCCCUCGUGUCUAUUCCCUUGUACCUGGUGAGGCUUUGCACUAUACGUGGGACGACCCCACUGACAGGAGGAGCAUUAAAUGGAGUAUCAAGAAUGCCAAGAUGGACCUUAGAACCAUUGACAUCAGUAAAGAUGCCGACGAAGCAUUUAACUAUCACCUUGACGACAGCUCUGCCCGAGAAGCCCUCAGCGAGUCACUCCUCCCCUCACUUAGCGCAUCUACUGUCGUCUCUUCUUCUUCAACUGAUACUUGGCUCUCCGUUGACGACACUAAAAGACUCACUGAGAGCUUGAUCUCCGUGGAAACACAAGACUCAAAGAGGCGUGGUGGAAGUAGGCGUGGCUAUUGGAAAUCCUUCAUAGAUUCACUUCAGCGUACUGUAUUGUUUACUGACCGGCCCGAGGCUCUUGAUCGAAUCAAGGCAGCUGAUAAUGUCUCACAGAAUAACGCUGAGAUCUCAGUAUCAGUGAAAUCAAUAGGAGUAUCGCUGGUUGAUAAUAAGGAGAGAAGAGAAGUAGCUUAUAUUGGAGUUACACAAUCUGGUGUUAUAUGGCAGGUUGCUAGGAAGAAGGGUCACUGGAAGACAUUAAACAAUACAGUCAUAGCUCUCCUUGAGGAAGCUUACCAGUCAAACUCCAUCGAUUUGCGUCACAAAAACUUGGUCGUAAACUUUGAAAAGAUGGAAAUGUUUACGCCACUCCGCGGUGCCCUCAGACGCACCAAUUACGAUGGAGUUACUCUUCGAGUUGGUAUAUCGGACAGGGACUACUCACUGCAUGCAAAGAUCGGAUUUGUUCAGAUCGAUAAUCAGCUCCCGUUUUCAGUCUACCCUCAGCUCCUUUAUCCUCUUCCUCCUCCCCCCACUGUUGCCUCUACUCUUGAGCCUAAGCCGUUUAUUGAGGCUAGUAUCAUACUGCGUAAGACGGAGCAGAGUAACAUCAAUCAUUUUAAGUAUGUUCAUGUCUUAGUUCAAAGGAUGGUGCUAAACGUUGAUCUUGGAUUCAUUCUAUCACUUGUUGAUUUCUUCUCUCUCAGUGACAUUGGAAUGAUACUAGAGCCUGAAUAUGUUGAAGAGGAUGUAGAGUUUACUAAAAAGUCACUUCAAGACAUUGUUCUACCAACAGUUUCUGAUGAAGCCGUCAAAAGGAAUUUUAUUGAUGUGUUACACAUCUCUCCGAUUAAAAUAACACUUAGUUUUAAUGUCCGGAGUGUCAGUCGAAACAAAACUGUUCAAACGGUCAGUGACAGGUUGUUGCAGCUGUUCCUUCACUCAUUGGGAGUCAUACUUACCUCAGUUCAAGAGGCACAAAUGAACUUUAGUCUGUUUCAUUUGGAGUAUGUCGUUGUCAAGUUCAGUAAUUUGAAAAAUGAUUUUGUGAAACACUAUGUUACACAAGGACUAGUUCAAAUCCACAGGUUGAUAUUAGGACUGGAUGUCUUGGGUAAUCCAGUAAAGAUAGUGAGAGGAGUUGUUGAAGGAACAUUUGACUUAUUUUAUGAGCCUAUCAAGGGAAGUGUCCUUGGGCCUGAGGAAUUUGCUUCUGGUUUAGGCAUUGGACUAAAGAGCUUCUUUGGUGGAACAGUUGGUGGACUCACUGGAGCUGGUGCUAGGAUCACUGGUGCAUUUGGUGACAUUUUCGCAAAGUUAAGUUUUGACGAUGAUUUCAUUGAUCAACGGCAACAACAGAAAGUGAAAUCGUCCAAACUGAGCUCUAAAGUUGGCGGGUUUUUCAAGAAUGUUGCCGAAGGAGUAACUGGUGUUGUUGCCCAACCCAUUAAAGGCGUAAAGGAAGAAGGAGCUGUAGGUUUCUUUAAAGGAACUGGGCGUGGUCUGGUUGGGUUUUUAGUUAGACCAGCUGGUGGGUUGAUUGAUUUGACGAGUGGUACUCUUGAAUUUGUUACAAGAAAAACCCGUGUUGGUAAUAUUGAUAUUGUACAGGUGAGACCGCCUCGGUUUAUUGGACGUGACGGAAUUAUUCGUCCAUAUUCUCCUGAAGAUGCUGUUGGAAAUGCACUAAUUGUGGGUACAGAUGAAGGUCAUUACACUGAUGACGAAUAUUACGUCGGCCAUAUUGAAAUUUCAGUGAAGCCACCUAGGUUUCUAAUUGUCACAGAUCGUCGAUAUAUGCUUAUUACCCAGAGGCCUUUGCUUGAAGGAUGGAAGGCCAUCCAGAAAUUGAAAUUUAAACAUUUUCUGGAGCAAGCUUUAGCAACUCACAGCAUUGUGUACAUUAAACCCAAAGAUCAAAAAUAUGCUAAAGAGUCUCAGUUAUCUCUUUCUUCAGAAAAGGCGGCCCAAGAUGCUUGUAAGCUCAUUAAUAAAGGCUACAAUCGCUACAAAGAGAACUUUUCUUUAUAAUUAAUUUUUGUGUUCUUUUGUACUUUUUUUAAAUAAUUUUUUUUAUAAAGCACAGGCAGUUGACUGUGUGAAUAAAAUUAUCAAACUAA